AUGUUACCAUCCAGGCUGUGUUGUCUUGCACACACUGUGCCAAUCUAUGAAGGUUAUGCUCUGCCUCAUGACAACAUGUGUCUUGACUUGGCUGGGUGUGACUUGACAGACUACCUCAUGAAGAUCCUGACUGAAAGAGGCUACAGCUUUACAACCACUGCUGAGAGAGAAAUUGUCCGUGACAUAAAGGAGAAGCUCUGUUAUGUUGCUCUUGACUUUGACCAGGAGAUGGCUACUGCUGUUUCCUCUUUUUCCUCUUCUUCCUUGGAAAAGAGCUAUGAGUUGUCAGAUGGCCAGGUCAUCACCAUUGGUAACGAGAGAUCCAGGUGCCCUGAAGCCUUAUUCCAGCCUUCCUUCCUUGGUUCCUUGGAGUCAUGUGGCAUUCAUGGCACUACCUACAACUCAAUCAUGAAGUGUGACAUGGACAUUAGGGAUCUCUAUGCCAACACUGUCCUGUCUGGAGGUACCACUAUGUACCCAGAUUUUGCUGACAGAAUGCAGAAAGAAAUCACUGCCUUGGCUUCCAACACUAUGAAAUUCAAGAUCAUUGCCCCACCUGAGCGUAAAUACUCUGUCAGGAUUGGAGGAUCCAUCUUGGCUUCUCUGUCCACCUUCCAACAAAUGUGGAUCAGCAAGCAAGAGUUUGAUGAAUCAGGACUACCCAUUGUUCAACACAAAUGCUUCUAAAUGGACUUACCCCUUUUCAAACACCUGUGCAGGAAGAUCACAUUGGCAUGGCUUUCCCCCUACUUUUGUUGGUGCUUGGCUCAGGAUUCAAUAACUGGAAUGCAGAGAUGGCAAGCAUAAACUACAAUGCAACUGAGGACUGUACAUUUCUUUUUUGUUUCUAGUCAUUCCAAAAGUAUAAUGCAUUGUUUUUGAGGUAAAUCUUCAAUU